GCUUUCAUGAAUCAUUCCAUGCACUGAGAGAGAAGCUGCAAUUAAAGUACAAGCAAGCUUGGCUUUAUUGUUGUUUCUUGUUUCAAAGUACAGAGAAAUCAAGUACUAAACAAACACUCAAAACAUGGGUUCUUCUUCAUUUAUUCCAUCUCCACCAUUUGUGGGUGUUUUACUCUGCAUAUUAUUCACUGUUGCAAGUGCAAAGCAUGCAAGCAUUACAAGGCACUACAAGUUCAAUGUAAGAUUGCAAAAUGUGACAAGAUUGUGCCAUACAAAGACUAUUUUGACUGUCAAUGGGAAGUUUCCUGGCCCUCGGAUUAUUGCUAGAGAGGGCGAUCGUUUGUUGAUCAAGGUUGUCAAUCAUGUUCCCAACAAUGUCAGCUUCCAUUGGCAUGGAAUUAGGCAACUUCAGAGUGGAUGGGCAGAUGGGCCAUCCUAUGUGACUCAGUGCCCUAUACAAACAGGGCAGACCUAUGUGUACAACUUCACCAUUGUCGGGCAAAGGGGAACUCUGUUUUGGCAUUCCCAUAUCUCAUGGCUUAGAGCAACCCUCUAUGGACCUCUCAUCAUCCUCCCCAAGCACAAUGUUUCUUACCCAUUUCCCAAACCCCACAAGGAAGUCCCCAUCCUUUUCGGCGAGUGGUGGAAUGCUGAUACAGAGGCAGUCAUCAACCAGGCACUGCAAACUGGAGCUGGCCCAAACAACUCUGAUGCAUACACCAUUAACGGACUUCCAGGGCCACUGUACAAUUGCUCUGCCAAUGAGACAUUCAAGCUCAAUGUCAAGCCUGGCAAGACAUACCUUCUUCGCCUGAUCAACGCUGCACUCAAUGACGAUCUAUUCUUCAGAAUCCAGAACCAUUCCCUCACAAUUGUCGAAGCAGAUGCAGUUUAUGUCAAACCAUUCCAAACAGAUACUCUCCUAAUUGCCCCUGGACAAACCACCAACGUCCUACUCAAAACCAACCCCAACACCAACAACACCGCUUUCUUAAUGGCGGCGAGCCCAUACUCCACUGCGGCCUCAGGCACCUUCGACAACACCACCAUUGUUGGAGUUCUCGAGUACGGGAAAAACCCGUCCAUUUCGUCUUUUUCCAACGCUUCUUUAGGCCUCCCAUUUCCAAUUCUCCCUUUAAUCAACGCGACUUCCUUCGUUGCAAAUUUCACUUCCACAUUUCGCAGUUUGAACACUGUUAAAUUUCCUGCCAAUAAGGUCCCUAAAACUGUCCAAAGGCGGUUUUUCUUCACGGUAGGCCUGGGGACCAACCCGUGCCCGAAAAACCAGACUUGUCAGGGGCCUAAUGGGACGAAAUUUUCUGCUUCUAUGAACAACAUAUCGUUUUCUCUACCCACAACUGCUCUCCUCCAGUCUUAUUUCUUUGGAAAAUCGAACGGUGUUUAUACUACUGAUUUUCCGAGUACUCCACUUGUGCCGUUCAAUUAUACCGGGACACCACCUAACAACACCAUGGUGAGCAAUGGAACCAAGUUGGUGGUGCUGCCUUUUAACACCACCGUGGAGGUGGUGCUGCAGGAUACUAGUAUUUUGGGGGCGGAGAACCACCCUCUUCAUCUUCAUGGAUACAAUUUCUUUGUGAUUGCACAAGGUUCUGGAAAUUUUGAUCCUAAGAAGGAUCCUGCUAGGUUUAACCUUGUCGACCCAGUCGAACGGAAUACCGCUGGCGUGCCAUCCGGUGGGUGGUUGGCGAUCCGCUUCCAGGCCGAUAAUCCAGGUGUAUGGUUUAUGCACUGUCAUUUUGACGUUCAUUUGAGUUGGGGAUUGAGGAUGGCAUGGAUAGUGUUGGAUGGUGAUCUCCCAAACCAAAAGCUGCUUCCUCCACCCUCCGAUCUUCCUACAUGUUGAGCUUUGACUAUGCCUGGGCUCCUCCAAGCUUCUAUCUCUACUUUUCCCCUUGCUAUAACUUAUUAUACUGUUUUUGUUUUUGUUUUUGUUUUUUGGUUUUUUGUUUUUGCUGUGAAAUGUCGCUAGAGAGUGUAGGCAAACAAAUAUUGACUUGGAGGUUUUUUCUUUUUCUUA